CCUUCAUCCCUCCUCCUCAAUGCAGGUCCAUCGCCCUGAUAACAUCAAUAGACAGACGGUAGGGGAGAAGAUUGAUGUGAAAUAACAUGUACACACUCACAUACACACACACUUUUUGAGCUUUUAUGCACUUAACUCAUCGCGUCAACACCACCCUUAUAUAAGGUCACAACACACACAUUUGACAUAAUCCCCAUCACACACAGACGGACACACGCACACACACACUGGCACGCGCAUGCCACACACACACACACACACACACACACACACACACACACACACACACACACAGACACACUUUACAGGUCCCUAUCACACAGCUAUAGAUGGCUCAAACUUUACAGGUCCCUAUCACACAGCUAGAUGGCCCAAACUUUACACGUCCCUAUCACACAACUAUAGCUGGCCCAAACUUUACAGGUCCCUAUCACACAGCUAUAGAUGGCCCAAACUUUACAAGUCCCUAUCACACAGCUAUAGAUGGCCUAAACUUUACAGGGCCCUAUCACACAGCUAUGGCCCAAACGUUACAGGUCCCUAUCACACAGCUUUAGAUGUCCAAAACUUUACAGGUCCCUAUCACACAGCUAUAGAUGGCCCAAGCUUUACAGGUCCCUAUCACACAGCUAUAGAUGGCCCAAACUUUACAGGUCCCUAUCACAAAGCUAUAGAUGGCCCAAACAUUACAGGUCCCUAUCACACAGCUAUAGAUGGCCCAGACUUUACAGGUCCCUAUCACACAGCUAUAGAUGGCCCAAACUUUACAGGUCCCUAUCACACAGCUAUAGAUGGCCCAAACUUUACAGGUCCCUAUCACACAGCUAUAGAUGGCCCAAACUUUACAGGUCCCUAUCACACAGCUAUAGAUGGCCCAAACAUUACAGGUCCCUAUCACACAGCUAUAGAUGGCCCAAACAUUACAGGCCCCUAUCACACAGCUAUAGAUGGCCCAGACUUUACAGGUCCCUAUCACACAGCUAUAUAUGGCCCAAACUUUACAGAUCCCUAUAACACAGCUAUAGAUGGCCCAGACUUUACAGGUCCCUAUCACACAGCUAUAGAUGGCCCAAACUUUACAGGUCCCUAUCACACAGCUAUAGAUAGGAGAAGCAGAAACACUCUCACUCUGACUAUCCAAAUCCAUGACAUCACUGUUAAAGAAACAGAAUGAAUACAGAAUUGAGCUACUUUCACAUAAAAAACAAACAUUUUAGAGGACAAAUGGUCAGGCGUGUGGAUGGGCUCAGAACAACAGCACCAGCACUGUGAGAGGUAUCAGUUACCUCCAGGGCUCCAGUGUCUCUGCUGCUCAAUAGCCUGAUGACAUCAGAGACAGGACUCACUCUUCCAUCAAGAUGGGGUUUCAUUGCUCUCAACUGUAGGGUUAUCGCAGGUGGAGUCCUACAUGAUGGUACACACAUACUGUAGAUCUAUGUUGAUAAAACCGCAUUGAAUCACAAUUUAGCAUUGUUUGAAAGUGUUGUGUACAAAUAAUGUAUGUGUAUAUUAGCUAACCUAGUGCCCUUAAAUACACCCUUAUACUGAACGCAUUACCCUGACAAGACAUCCUCCAAAAUUAUAUUCAAUCUAUGGAUUCCUCCUGGUCGACUGUACCACAUAGAAAUGAUAGAUUGACUUUAGAAUAUUGUCCUACAAUAGAUGCACUAGAUACAUGUUGACAAUUGGAUUUGGGACAAUUGCUGAUCCGAGGUUUUUGUCAAAGGAAGAUGAACAAGACAUCUGGAUGAGUAUGGGAUUUGUCAUUGGUUGUCAUGUCAGAAAGCAAUAAGGCAGGUCAUAGCUGUAACUGCAUACAUUCCAUGAUUGUGGAGCGACAAGCUAACAAAAUAACACUAUAGUAUGUUUGGCAGAACAUAACAGCUGCAUGCAUCAUAUAAUCACCAUUUAAACCCACUCUGUGUUAUGUCCAACACCGGAGAUGGAUAAUGUUGGCAAACACCGGAGAUGGAUAAUGGAUCAUGUUGGCAAACAAAUGAAAUCCUUUAAAGCUUGAGGAAUGAGUGGUACUUUGCUGUAAUGGAAUGACUCUUCCUUGCCUGCACCCAAAACUCCUAACCUCCCCUCUAAAACCCCUAACCUCCCCUC